AUAGUUCUGAAGUCACUUUUAUAAGGACGAUCUACUGCAGAGCUGCUUACCUGUGAAUUUGUGAAAGAAAAUUUAAGUGUGUGUGUGGGCAGUGACCGAGGAGCAUAACGUACUUUUUGUUUGGAUCCUUUAAUCUUGGAAACUAAAUCUUACAAACAAGAAAGGGAACUUCUUAUGGAAAAAUAUCUGGUUAUAAAAGUGAUAUACUGAAGUCUAUAUGAGUAUGAUGUUGAUUUUUUCACAACAGUAUCCUCAUUUUGGUAUUUGCAUUUCAUAUGAUGUUUGAUCGCACUCAACGUUGUGCUAAAGUUAUGCAGGUGCAGACCCCUGGCUCAACCAUGGCGGAUGGUGUUGGGGUGGACGACACCGUCUAUGCUGUGAGGGUUCACCCUGGUACCGUUGACCCCGAUCGGCAUUACGUUGUCAUCCAAGCCACCAAGCAGACCAGUACCAAAGACCUUCUGGAGGCCCUCUGCUGCAAGCUUGCCCUUUCCGACCCCGAGGAAUACUGUCUGUCAGAGGUUUGCCAAGACUCAGGACAGAGCUGCAAGGAGCGUCGGCUAGACCUGGUGGAGUGUCCCGUCAAAGUGCAAUUACUCUGGCCAAAGAUAGUGGACAGCAGAGGUGGUGACUCCACCGAUUCGGGCACCUUUCAGACGAACUACCGCUUCUUUUUACGUGGCAUAAACGAGACGCCAGGAGCACUCCCAGACAUGUCUGACAUGAAGAGCAUAGACUCCUUUGUGAGCGGGUAUUUCCCGCAACCCUCAGCAUCCGGUGACUGCCAUGACCUAUGCAAACUGCCUGAUCUCAACGAAAAGACACUCCUGGACAACUUAUCGGCCAGAUUUCGCAAGGGCAAGAUUUACACAUAUGUUGGAUCAAUACUUAUAGCAGUGAACCCUUUCAAGUUCUUCCCUAUCUACAACCCAAAGUAUGUCAAUUUGUAUCAGAACCACAGGUUUGGGGAGCUUCCCCCGCACAUCUUUGCAAUUGCGGAUGCUGCGUUUCAUACGAUGCUCCAGGAGAAACAGAAUCAGUGUAUUGUGAUAUCAGGAGAGAGUGGAUCAGGGAAGACAGAAAGUACUACAUUGUUGAUACACCAUCUAACAGCACUGAGUCAGAAAGGAUUUGCCAGUGGUGUAGAACAGACUCUUUUAGGAGCAGGCCCAGUGCUUGAGGCAUUUGGGAAUGCAAAAACAGUAGUAAACAACAACAGUAGUCGCUUUGGGAAAUUCAUCCAAAUCAACUACAGGGAAAAUGGCACAGUUCAUGGUGCCAUCGUUGAACAGUACUUGUUGGAGAAAUCGCGCAUCGUGUCGCAGGCGGCCCAUGAGCGUAACUACCAUGUCUUCUAUUACCUACUCAAAGGUGCUAGUGAUGCGGAGAAGCAGGCCCUCUGGUUGGAUAAACCGCAGGAAUACUUCUAUCUUAACCAGAGCAACUGUUACACUCAAGAAGGAGUGGAUGAAUCUUACGAGUUUGGCCGUCUCAAACAGUCGAUGGAGAUGGUCGGGUUCUCCAAAGAGACCAUGAAGAGAAUAUUCUCCGUUCUGUCUGCUGUUCUGCACAUCGGCAACAUCAACUUCCGCAAGGCCGGUGAGCAGGACUAUGUAACGGUGAAGAACAUCGCCAUGGUCAAGGUGGUUUCGGACCUACUCAAAGUCAAGACAGAGACCCUGAUGCUCGCCCUCACCAAGAGGAAAUCGGUGGCCAGGGGUGAACAAUUCUUUGUGCAAUAUAGGAUGGCUGAGGCCAUAGCAACACGAAACGCCCUGGCAAAGGGUUUGUACUGUGCAUUGUUUGAGUGGAUUGUACUUCAGGUCAACUACGCCCUCUUAUCUCGCUACGAGGUCAAAGGUGAACACCAGGGUAACUCCAUUGGUGUUCUAGAUAUCUUUGGCUUUGAGGACUUCCAGAGGAACAGUUUCGAGCAGUUCUGCAUCAACUUUGCCAACGAGCAUCUCCAGUAUUACUUCAAUCAGCAUGUCUUCAAGUUAGAACAGGAGGAGUAUAAGCGAGAAGGCAUUGCAUGGAAGGACAUUGAGUUUAUAGACAACACAGGAUGUCUCUUGCUCAUUGAGAAGAGACCUACAGGCAUCAUGCACAUAUUAGAUGACGAUUGCAAUUUCCCAGCCAAAGACACCGAUGGUAGCAACCUACUGAAUAAGUUUGUGAAAGAGCAUUCCGGCAAUGAAUACUUCCAACAAGUACCAAUCCAGGAGCAUGCUUUCAUCAUUCAACACUAUGCUGGCAAGGUCAAAUACAACAUCAAGGAUUUCAGAGAAAAGAACACUGACCUGAUGAGGAUAGACAUUGUGUCUGUGUUGAAGAACAGUAGACUGGCAUUCGUUGGAGAACUUGUGGGCAAGAACCCAGUAGCUGUGUUCAGAUGGGCCAUCUUAAGAGCAUUUUUCAGAUCAGUGAGUGCGUUCAAGCUCGCAGGAUCAAGUCUCAGUAAAGAUGCAAGUUUAAAAGGGAAGAAGCGGCCACCAAACCUCAGUCUUAGCGUUGACGGAAGGGACGAAAACGUUCUCAGCCUGACAUCGCGUGGAGUAUCCCCCCUACUAACCAGCCCAAUGUUGCUAAGUCCUACAUCUCGCCUGAGCCUGGGUUCGAAGCCAAGACUGCUCUACCAGGAGACAUAUCUAAGGGCCUCCAAAGUGGUCAAAAGAAAUCGAUCAUUCCGUGGAGCUCAAGUACAGCCCUCAAAGAGUCUAAGAGAUCUGAAGUCAGUUAAGAAGAUCGCUGGGCGAUACUCUCCAAAUCGUAGGAAAUCCAAGAAACAUCCACCGACAGUAUGUGCACAGUUCCAGUCUUCGUUGAGUAAGUUGAUGGAUACGUUGAACCAAGCCAAUCCCUUCUUUGUUCGGUGCAUCAAGUCCAACUCCCAGAAAGAGCCAUGUCGUCUGGACGAAGAGCUCAUCAUGAGGCAGCUACGCUACACCGGUAUGCUGGAGACGGUCAGGAUCAGGCAGUCCGGCUACAACGUCAGACUCAAAUUUGAGGAAUUCUGUCAUAAGUACAAAGUGUUGCUACCGAAGCAGAUGAAGGCUUCAGCCAGAGAGAUAAAGACAUUCCUUGUAUCGAUGGACCUGGAUGACACCAACUAUCAGAUUGGCAAAUCAAAGGUUUUCUUGAGAGAGAGUGAGAGAGUGAAGCUCCAGGAAGCGCUCCAUGCCCAUGUGCUCCAGCGGAUAUGCAAGAUCCAGUGGUGGUACCGAGGGAUCCUGGCCAGGAGACGUUACCUAGAGACGAGGGAAUCCAUUAUCAAACUGCAGGCACACUGGCGUGGUUAUCUUGAUAGAAGGAUAUACGACGAGCAGAGGAAGGCUGCAAUCGUCAUCCAAGCUUUCUGGAGGAUGGCAUUAGAACUGAGGAAUUACCAGAAACUAAAGAGGGGCAUCCUUCUGCUCCAGUCAAGGACAAGAGGCAUGAGGGCAAGAAAGAGAUGCAUAUUGCUGAGGAAAGAGCAAAGCGUGAAGCCUGCAGCCGUGAAGGCACGGCUCAGAAGGGACAAUGAGGAGUCAACAUCGCAGGGGAAGAAUCGUAUCAGGAGGACGGACGAUGUCCACUCCGCCAUUAGCGACGAGGGAAUCUUGACGACGGAUGACAUCGAGGAUGACCUCUAUGAGAGGAACAGGACAACGACGAUGGAAUCGGAAGAGAGCAGUGGAGUCCACGAGGGUUCGUUAGGAUCCGACGAGCUCCUCCUCGAUGAGCCUACCACCUCGUCCGGUCCCUCUCACCCCACUACCCUUGGCCUGCCCACCUCUCCUACAAUCCCCGUACCCCCUAGUCCCAGUGCACUUCUGUCUCCUUCGUUCAACGACGGUGUCAACGUGGAAGUGGGCCCACCUAUAAGCCCAAUACCGGAUGUUUCCCCUCUCCGGAGAUCCCUGGCAAGGCAAGGUAAGGUCAGGGACAUGGCCCGUGAAUACAUGGCAAGGGCAAGCUCGCAGGAUCGCUUCGGCUCACGGUCCUCGUCCCAAGAUCGUAAGAGCGAGAGGGACUCCUCCACUGAGCGCCCCAGCCAACAAACAUUAUCCUCGGACUCUUCCGUAGAGAGCAAUUCGAGUCAAAAUAGAACUCCUAAAACCGUUGAAACCAAAAAGCUUGAUUCCAUAACACCUGCCCUCAAGAAGCCCAUGCUAGGUGGUAGCGUUGUCUCAAGGACUUCCUCGAUGCAGUUGACAGAUCAGCUGGCUGAUCUGCAGACCGUCAUCGACUCGCUGGAAGAAACACCCUUUGGGAGAGACGAGGAGGAGGAGGAGCAUGUAGCGGAGGAAGAGAAUAAGGAGAAAACAGUGAAAGCAGCUGAGGUGAAUGGAGAAGAGGUGAUUGUCAUAGCAACAGAUGACAUCAUCUUAGAAGAAGAUGAUGCGGAGGAGUUGGAGAUUGAGGACAGGGAUAAGGUUCUACCCAUCAGACCAUCGCCACCACUUAGUCCAAAGGGAAAGGUUGAUAUUGUUGUUGGGAGGCCUUCAUCCAUCAUCUCUGAUUCGUCCACCACUGAAGAUGAGGUCCCACCUAGCUCACCCAGAUCCCCUCUCCUGUCAGACAUGGACAGCAAUCCUCGAACUCCAGAAUCGCCCAACGCACCCACCAAGAAUCUCUUCAAACGCUACAAGCACAACUUCAAGCGACGGUUUAGGCGGUCGCCGUCAGACCAGGCGCUGCUCAUCGAGGAGCAGGGUAGCAUCAAGAGUACUUCCAGCUCCAAGUCUGCUGCCCUCAACGACAAGACAAACGAGAAGCCGACGCCCGGAGGCGGGCGGACGUCCCCGCAGCAACGGAAACCUCCGACGGGGAGGAAAAACUCUGGAACAGUGAAUUCACCCGUUCCGAAAAGAACUCGUACGAAUCAGGGGAAUAUCAACUUUCAUGGUAUGUCCCAGUGGAGGUAUCCUACGGAUAAACUCAUCAGUGAUGCCCAGGCAUUGGAACAAAUGAAUAACUUCAUCCAAACAAAGGUCGACGAGAUGGGCCAAACAUACAGUCAGGUGGAUGUAGUCUUCAAGAAAGCGCUCAAGAAAUUCAAGGAAAACCUUAUCAGUACAUACUCAGUCACAUUACAUGAUGGUAAUGUCCAUCUGCAGUACCGCCACCUGAUGUCCAACUUUGAGCAGGUUCUUAGUAUAGUAGCCAAGCAGUACGAAGAUGCCAACAACACCACAUUCCCCCUCACCCUUGGUAUCAAUGCGUUCCGGGGUUUCCUUGAUGAAUUCAUGCAUCAGUAUAAACCAUCGGAUAACCGCAAAAAGGUGAAAGAACCAAAGAGAAAGAAGGAGAAGAAAGAAGAGGUCUUUGAACACGCUGGCCACAAGUUUCUUAGCGUUCAGUUGGGAAUUCCCACUGCAUGUGAAACGUGUACUAACUUCCUGUGGCUCAUGGAAAAGGGCUAUGUGUGUCAAGUCUGCAAGUACACCUGUCACAAGAAGUGUUGUUCAAAGUCCAUUCAGGUCUGCCGUGGCAAGCCUCACGGGGUGAAAGGGAUCGUGAUCGGCGGCAGGUUAGAAGACUUAGUCAACGAGGAGAUGCGUAUCCCUGUCGUCCUUGAGCGCCUCAUCACUACGGUGGAGGUCAAUGGCCUCUAUACAGAGGGUAUUUACCGUAAACCUGGUCCUGCUGCAAAGGUCAAGGAACUAAAACACCUCAUCAACAGUGAAGAAGAGGUUGAUAACAUAGACUUCAACAACUACAGUGUAUUAGUGAUUGCACAGGUCUUGAAGUCUUUCUUCAGGGAAAUGCCAGAGCCUCUAUUGACAUAUCAGCUCUAUGAGGAGUUCCUGCGAGCCACAGAGAUUGUUGAUAAACAUGAGAAGCUACAGUCAUUACAGAGUAGUAUAGAGAAACUGCCGCUAGAGAACCAUGACGCUCUGGAGAGACUAAUAUUUCAUCUUGCCAGGAUCGCGGAGAACGAGAACUCCAAUAAGAUGUCAGCCAGUAAUCUUGCCAUUGUCUUUGCUCCGUGCAUCUUGAAGAGUAAUAAAGCCAGCAACGCCUGGGAAUCGUUGCAAGAUGUAGAGAAACAAGCACAAUGUCUUGAGAUAAUAAUCCAUGAGAAAAUGUUGAAGAUGAAAAGGGCUCUGCAUGAUAUAUCAACUCUAGAACGAGCAUUCAACUCUGCUUCAAUGCAUCUAACAGAUCUACGCAACUCACUACAUAUCAAAGUUGUUGUGGACCCGUCAGCGGACUCGGGUCACCCGCCCUCGACGGGCUCGGUAGGGGCUGAGAGUAUCAACUCGUCGGAAGGAGGCCAUGAACUGGAGAACGUGCUCACGGAACAGAUGAUGACAUUACAGAGGGAAAAGCGUGAUCUGACGGCUGACCUUUCAACUCUGAACGUUGGUCCUAUAGCCAGUGAGGAUGAUAACUUCAGUGCGGACGAUCUGGACGCAUCCAGCGUUGAUGACUUGGACUCCGGCAUCCAUCAUGAUCGGGUGUCCUUCGACACGGUUGCCUCCCCUUCCAAGCUGAGUCAUCUGAACAAGAACCGUGCACCGAAGCAGAAGAAGCGUCCCCCGGCCCGCUACUCCAUGCUCCUGGGACAGGACGAGGUGGAAGCAGCACCCGCUCCCUCCUCCUCCUCUGCGGCAUCGGAAAGCAAGGAGAAGCAACCAGAGGCACCGCCUCCCCAGGAGAAGAUAAAAAAGAAACGAGGAUCCAAGGAAAAGAAACAGAAGAAAAAGGGGAAAUACAACAAGAAAACUGACGCCAAACUGGACGAUUCGGUGGUUGAAGUUUGAGGGAUGGUUUGUGAGGUCUUGAUGAUUCAAGAUACUAUGUAAAGAAGCUUCCCCUAGACCUUGCGGAUUGAUUGAUUGAGUGUGUGAACAAAUAUGUGCGAGGACAGAUCUGAGAUAUUAUAUGCCCAUCGUAUUUGACAGUCCUUUCUAAUUUCCUGAUGAUUUGUGUAUAUCUCAUCUUACUGCAACUCAUUUAUCCUCAAGCCAAAUACAUGUCUUUGUUUGUCUCCAGAUUUGAUCCCACAUCUCCAGAAGAAAGAUUUUUGACUUUUGAAGCGAACCUUUCCCUUCUUCUUCUUCGAGAAGUGACAUGUGAAAUAUACAGUAUUCCAACUCAGAUGAAAAUCAUGUAUACCCAUGCUGUAUCAGUAUUAUUGGAGACACCAACAGAUAUUCUUAUUUUUAAAGAAAGCAUAAUUUUAUGAAUGAUACUUACUACAUGUAUGUUGCUAAUUAAUGCUUACGGUACUUGGUUUACUUAGUUGUUUAAGCUUGAAUCAUACAACUGUAACCCUUUGGCCCAUAUUCUGAAGUCGGGUUUAAAGUUGUGGUUUAAGUAUGGAUAGCCAAUUGUUACAUAAAUCACUAACAGUAGAGAUAUCAUAUUUCAGCUCAUUUGGCUCUCAAAUCAUUCAUAAUUGUCUAGGAAGUAUAAAUAGAUGAUUGUCUUCACCAUCGAUGAAUCAGGAAAGAGCACAGUAAACAUAAGAAACAUACAACUUAAUACAAAUUUUGAUACUUUUGGCUUCCCAUAAUUUUAGCACAGAGUUAGACCAUGGUUAAACCUGACUUCAGAAUACAGGCCUUUGAACUUGAAUUUCAUUUUUUU